ACCUAAAAAGACAACUAAAUUGAAAUGGAGGGAGUAACAUCUUUACCUCACUUGUGCCAUAUUAAUCUGCACCACAAGUGGUAGGUCUCUACUAUAAAGAACCCUGAAAACCUCCUUGCCAUUUCCAAUUCGACGAUUCAAACUUCAAAGCAUAAUAAAUGAAUAGUAAAACAAACUUCUUCCUUCUUCUACUGCUCUCUCUCGUCCUUUUCCCUCUUUACGCGUUUGCAGCGGCCCGUGUGAGCGGAUGGAGGCCCAUCAGCAAUGUUAAGGACCCUCACGUUGUAGAGAUCGGUGAAUUUGCUGUCUCUGAGUACGACAAGCAGAUCAAGUUUGGACUCAAGUUCGUGGCGGUUGUUAGCGGAGAGUCUCAAGUAGUUGCAGGUGCUAAUUACCGGCUUAUUGUAACCGUGGAUGGCGGCCUACGCGUAGCCGAAGCUGAUGCGAGCAAAAAGUACGAGGCAAUUGUAUGGGAGAAACCGUGGAUCAAAUCGAUGAAUCUCACUUUUUUCAAGCCCUUCGUUUAAUGGUCGUUUCUCUCUGAGUUUUUCAUGUAAUAGAUCUUAAAAAAGAGCAAUAAAAAAGGAAUUAAUGUCA